GGAGCAGCAGAAGAGCAGAGCCGUGCACGCGCGCUGGCCAGAAGCCGGAAACAUGGCGGCGCUCAUGUCACUGUCUCAGAUAUCAAAUGGAAACCCAGCAUAUGAAACCUUCUACAGACAGGUGGACCCAGGAAACCUGGGCAAAGUUGGUGCAGCAGAAGCGGCGCAGUUUUUGAAGAGGUCGGGACUUUCAGACAGUACUCUGGGCAAGAUCUGGGAUUUGUCAGACCCAGAGGGAAAGGGCUACUUGGACAAGCGGGGUUUCUUUGUUGCUCUAAGGCUCGUGGCUUCAGCACAGAAUGGCAGUGAUGUCAGUCUGGCCUGCCUGAACCAGACCAUGUCAAUUCCUGCUCCUAAAUUUAGAGACACAGCUAGCCCUUCUAUAAUAUCAACAUCUUCCAGCGACUCCACGUGGACAGUGAAGUUUGAUGAAAAAGCUAAAUAUGACGGCAUAUUCGAGAGUCUCUUGCCCAUCAAUGGGCUUCUGUCAGGAGACAAAGUGAAACCAGUCCUCAUCAAUUCGAACUUGCCCCUUGAUGUGCUUGGGAAGAUUUGGGAUCUCAGUGACAUUGAUAAGGAUGGACAUUUGGAUAAAGAAGAGUUUGCAGUGGCUAUGCAUUUGGUAUAUCGAGCCCGAGACAAAGAACCUGUUCCUUCCAUCUUACCGACAUCCAUGAUUCCGCCAUCCAAGCGGAAGAAGAGUGCAGUUGCUCUGGCCGGCUCUGUGCCCGUUCUACCCUCCAGUCCUUUCCUUCUGAAGGAGAACCUUCGGCCCACAGCACCUCUCUCCAAGAGCCCUCUGACCAUCGCCUCCAAUCUCUCACCCUCAAACUCCUUCAGGAGCUCAAGCCCAAGUCCUAGUCCCAGUCCAGCACCACAGCUGCCUGUUUCAGCGAAUUGGGUGGUGCCUCAGGACGACAGGGAGCAGUAUGAGGAAAUCUUCGAGCUGGCUGACUCUGAUUUCGACGGCAUGGUUGGAGGAGGUGAAGUUAAGGACAUCUUUAUAAACUCAGGGCUGCCCCAGAAUGUCCUGGCCCACAUCUGGUCACUGGCAGACACCAGAAGUGUAGGCAAAUUGACCAAAGAGCAGUUCUGUCUGGCCAUGCACCUUAUUCAUCAGACAGUUAAAGGUGUUGACCCCCCUCAGAGCCUGAACCCUGAUAUGAUUCCUCCUUCAGAGAGGGGCUCUGCUGCCUCUAACGCAAUCUCAUCAGAAAUCUCGUCAUCGGUUGGUUUUGAAUUGCCUGGACUGUCCAGCCUGUCCAGAGAGAUUAGUAGUUCAGUGGUGCCAGUGGAGUUGACAGGAAACAAAGAGCUUGACGACAUUAGCCAGGAAAUUGCACAGCUUCAGAGUGAGAAGCGCAGCAUAGAUCAAGAGAUCAGACAGAAGGACGAAGCCCUUCGUCAGAAGAACAGCGAAGUUCAUAGCAUGCAAGUGGACCUAGAGCAAGAGAACAGCAGUGUGAAAGAACUGGAGCAACAGACACUGGACGCUCAGAACAGACUGCAGGAGAUGGAGCAGCAGAGGAGCAAACUGGAGAGCAAAGUGUCCGAGGCCAAGAGCAAGGUCCAGGAGGAGAGCAACAGGAUCUCCUCUUUGCAGACGCAGAUCAUAUCUCAGGAGGCGAUUCAGCAGUCACAGGAGAAGGAGCUGAACAGGACCAAGACGGACUUGUACUGCCUGGAACAGGAGGAGAAGCAGCUGGAGGAGAGCCUGCGUGCAGGAAAAGCCAAGCUAGAGAGCAUCCUAAAACUGCUCAAAACCUCUCAGAAUGAGAAGGAUGAGGUACAGGAAGAGAUCUCACAGAUCCAGGAGAGCCAGAAGGAGCUGAAUAAGACCAUCGAGCGCUUCAACAAAGUUCUCAAUGGCAGCAUGAGCAAUCUGGCUGAAAUCGACCAGCUCCUUGCUGAGGACGGGUCAGGACUCAGUAGCACCGUGGAGGAGUCCACCUUCAAGUCGAAGCUGGCCAUGUUUAAUAACAACGCUACUCAGAACUUCAGCGUGGAUCCCUUUCAGACUGAGGACCCCUUCAAAAGCGACCCCUUCAGUAAAGCUGACCCAUUCGGAGGAGAUCCCUUCAAACAGAGCGACCCGUUCGGAGACCCCUUCAGCAGCUCGGAUCGCUUCACUAAAAGUCCCAGCAGCCCUUUAAACGCCAGCCCUUUUGGAAGGCAGGGGAAUCCUACAUCCAUCAGUUCUUCUAAGUUUAAAGACUCAGAUCCCUUUGCUCCGACGGACCCUUUCGACUCUUUUGGCGGGAAUGGUGGCUUUGCAGACUUUGGAAAUAUGUCAAAGGGCUCCAGUGGGAAACCUCCAGGCCGAAAACCCACCUACCCACUGCCUCCACCCAAAAAACCUACACCAGCCAGACCUUCACAACCACCCCCUUAUGGCACAAGUUCAGCAGGAACUCAUGCAGGAGUCGCUGCUCAUAGACAAACGCUCGGUGUUCCCCGCUUUGCGAAGCCGUACGAGGACUCUCUCUCCUUGUCGCAGUCCAGUAGAUCCGCCUUAACAGACUCUCUUGCUCUUGCAGACCUUAGAGCCUACGGAAAUGAAGUCGAACAGCUGGAGUGGGCCAAGCGAGAGAGUAAGAGGGAGGAGGAGCGCAUGAGGAGGCUCCGCCUCCAGGAACAGCAGGAUCUGGAGCUGGCUCUCGCUCUCAGCCGGGUCGACAUGUCCAGAACGUGAGGCCAGUCCACAGUGCCUUGUCCAGAGCCCAACUCUGCACCUUAGCCAUCCUAAAUACCGCUUCCUCCGAGGGUAAAAACAACAGAACACAGGGUCCAUUGAAAUUCUCACUGUCGAGCAUUCCCCUGAGCUUUGAGGCUCACAUAACUCAGUUGUUUUCUCUGCUGCUAAAAUUGCACUCUAUCCUACGCUGCCUUACACACAGGCAAACCAAAUCUCUCAUGGGUGCUUCCCAGGUCCUAAUUAAAACGCAUUGCGAUAUGCCUUGAGACAAAACUAUACUGAACAAAUGACCAAAGGUUAUAUGAGCUAAACAUAGACACCUAUUUAAUAUCAUUUAAACAUGCUUCAGACAGUUUUUUUUUUCUUUCCUCUGUACUGGCUCUGAGCACUGAUCUCUACCAAAUACAGCCCUGGUAGAAGAGAAAGUGUCACCAUUAGUGGGCUUGAUUAAAAAGACUCUUCCUCUGCUCUCCUCGCUUUGGUGCUGAAAUGGCUGAAAUGAAAAAUGUACAAAAUGCACCUAAAUGCACUGUAUUUAUUGUUUUCUAUUGUAAGAGACUUUAUAAACACAUGGAUCGGUGCCUUCACUAGCAGGGUGCCUGUUUUAUUCUACUUUUUAUUAAGGAACUUUAUUAGUAAAACAGCACAUCAUUUAGACCAAAUACUCUCCAAAGAAUGUUACAUACCGACUCCAUAACCAUAUGAAUGACAAAUACAAAUGUGCUUAUUUGACUACACAAUUAAUACUUUUUGUUAAAAAUACAAUCCAAUACUCUUCACUCAAAGGUCACUGGCUGUCUACCCAUGAUGAAAUGUUGAAUGGAUCAUUAAAGUUUUAUUUAAAACUAUAGCUUUUUUCAUAUAAAGAAAAAAAAAAAAAAAAACGAGGAGUCACUGAAGUAUAAAGCAGUGAUUCUAACCUUUAAGCUCUAAUUCACACAAAUCAGUCAUGCAGCUUGUAGUUUGUCUCUUCUGGGCGUUUAGUGACCGCUAAGUCGCUUGUGGGCGUGCAUCAUCCAGAUUUUUUUUUUUUUUUUUUUUUUUUUUUUUAAAUUAGAUGGGAGUAGCCAAAAAUGUAUAGCUGAUGGCCCACUAUACAAGUUGCACACAUGACUUUUGUUGGAAAUAUAUUUAAGUUUGAUUUACAUGUUACGUGCUAGGUUUCAUACUAGCUUAGCAACAGAUUAGCAAAGCAUGCUAAUUGUAUAAGCUACAUACACUCAUUAGAUGCACUGACAAUCUCUGCUAUUUCUUUCCAAGCUUCAUUUUUCUUCAUAAUGUCUCUAUACACAUUUAACGAGAGGCUGUAUGAACCAUGGUUGUACGUUUUUCCUACUAUUUUGGUGCCUCAAGCACUAACUGCAUGUAGGAAGUGAAGUUGUUAGUGGUGAACUGUAUAGUGGUGAAAUGUUGGACCUAAUUGGAUUGUUGAGAAAUUAUUCGACCCAGUCGUCUGGAUUUGUUGCUUUACCAUGUCAUACCUAAUUAAGAGAAAAGAACUGAGAACAUUUCAAAUCUCACUGAAAUCACGUACACGGCAGUUACGUGGAAAAUUAAUGUUCACCUGUCGCUUGCGUAAGUGAAUGUAGGGUUAAUCUCAAAUCAUGGGGACAUCAUGCACUGUACGUUUGUGUUUUUCCUGCUCAAACACACCUCAGAUAAGAACUAAUUGUGGUAGAUCAGUGAACAGUGCAUUAAAAAUCAUGUCGCUAGCACAGUUUGGAUCAUUCAUCAUUGAAACUAAUUCUGUGAUUAAAUUGCUUUUUAUUACACAUUUACAAACUUCAGACCAAGUAUCAGCACAUAAACUUAGAAUCAGACUCCAAGCAUGACGGUUUUGUUUAGUUUUAAGAGUGUGUGAUUUAAUUUUUGGCCUUUACGAGUACACAGCAUCGAUGGUGCAGUCUUUCCGUUCGUUUAUGGAAGGCUCACUUUGCGCUGAUGGUGAAAUACUGUAUGAUUGUGACUUUAGCUUGAACUGAUGCAGGUAAAAUUGCGGUGAACCUGAACUCCUGAUGAUUGUUUUAUAACGGUUUUCAGAAAGUUUUCUUAUGGCCUUAUACUGUAUAUGGUGUUAUUGCUUUAUGUUCUAAUAUAUUUAUUGUGUUUGUCAAACACUACCUUUAUAAUAUUUCCAGUUUCUAUAUAUGAACAAUAAAUGUGCGACAAAUAUUUAUAUUUUGUUUAGUAGCCCUGAUUGUUAGACAUGUGUGAUUGUUCUGCUUAUGUGGAUUUACAGAUGUUCAAAAAUGAUGGAACUGAUGGAAAUGGAUUUUAUUUGCUUAACUUUGUCAUUAAACUCAAAUAACAUGUGAAA